ACUCGAUCUCCUCUGGCAGAUGAAGCUGCUAGCUCUCUCCUCAUCAUCGCGCCUUCUUGAGAGCUCCGAGAUCCUCCCACCGUAUGCACCACCGCGACAUCGUCGUCGUUACGCGGAUGUUGUCUCCUCACUACGACAACGUGCUGCCGCCCUACGCAGCGGGGCGGCGGGCGGCGGCGCUGCUCGACCACCGGCGGUACCGGCCGAACGUGGAGGUGGCGCCCAACUGCCCGCGCUGCGACUCGCCCAACACCAAGUUCUGCUACUACAACAACUACAGCCUCAGCCAGCCCAGGUACUUCUGCAAGGGCUGCCGCCGCUACUGGACCAAGGGCGGCUCCCUCCGCAACGUGCCUGUCGGCGGUGGUUGCCGGAAGAACCGCCGGGGAAAGCCGGUGCGGGCCAUGCCGGUCGACGCGGCCGCGACCGGUACUGCUGGUGGCGCGACGGCGCCGUACUACCAGCGGUCGUCGUCGUUCCCCGGCACGCUGCGGCCGGACCUGCUCCUGGAAGGCAUGGUCGGCAGCCCGGCCGGCCUGUGCCAGCCGAUGGAAGCCGCCGCCGACAAGCCGGCCGUGGUUGAGGGGUCCACGAUCGACUUGGCGUUGUUGUACGCCAAGUUCUUGAACCAUCAGCCGCCGCCGGCGGUCGAGCCGUGCGCCAUCCUGCCGGAAUCGCUCGACGCCUUGAGAGGGUCGUCAAGUGACAUGAGCCCCGACGUCCCGCCACCGCCGGAUCACCAUCCCUUCACGAGGCAAGACGCGUUCGGCGAGCUCUCCACGCCGGCGAGCGCGGAUCCCGGAGCGGCCGCGCCGCAGUGCCCCGACGCGCGCACGGAGGUGCUUGCGGAGCUCGGCUUCAGCGUGGACCAGAGCUGCUACGACUCGCUGGGGUUGUCGACAGACGAUGGCGAUCUGAUCCUGCCGUCGACGUGGCAACCGGAGGCCAAGUACGAGCCGUUCGAUCCGCUGCCCGAGGACGCCAUGAGCCUCCACGGCGGCAUCUCCGGCGGUGACGACGUGUGGAGCAGUGCGUUGGCAUGUCAAGGACUGGAAGCCGCUCUCUGCAGGCCGUAAUUUUAACCCGUCUUUUAUUUGUUACCAUGCUUGAGAUUGUUUUAUGCAUUGUUGUUUCUCUUUUCAGGUUUUGAUCAUGUUCAGAAGUAAUUUAUAGAGAUCAUAUAUAUACAUGUCCAGAUGAUGUAUAUUAAGGGGAAAAGGGGUAUACAUGUGAGAUAGAAAGAAUUGUAAUAAAAAAAUGAUACUUUGUUUGGUACUCCUGUUUAACA